AUCAGAGAGCGAUAAGGCGUAAUAUAUUUUGAUCAUGUGACCAUAUCCUGUAAGCUGCCCUUUUGGAGGCUGAGCACAAAGCAACAGUGAGGCCAGCCAACAAGCUCGUUUGCGAGCCGCUUGAUGUUCUAAGCCUUUGCCAAGCGUAUAGUGUCGUGAUGGUUAUGAGUGGAAAGACGCAGCCUGGGAAUCAACCUUGAACUAGUAAAUAGUUGGCAGUUCUGCACAGCCACUUGUUAUACUAGAUAGCCGCCGUAACGCCAACAGUAUUUUGACACUUAGCGCCGCCAACAUCACCUUCAUGGCUGUUACCUGAGGGGCUUUGAUGCUGGUUGCCUUCGGAAGUUGGAGUCAGCGCGAACAGCCCCAAUGGGUGGCAUUUGUUCUUGGGAAAAAGGCAACGAGGCUUCAGAUAAGGCUCGCCGUCCGGUGAAGAGGCCCAACGACGGGGAGGAUAUAAGUCAGAAAACCCCCGGUGAGAAGACUGUCGAGAAGCUAUCAGACAAAAAUAUCAGCACGAUGGCGGACCAUACUACCCCCCUAACUUUGGACGCAUACAACGCUGAGCGCGCCUCGGUCUUAGCAAUCGAAAGGGAAGAGGGUUUCGAUGGACGAGCAAGAGAAACGGCAUCUGAGUUGCAAAACAAAGCAAACGAAAUUAUUGUUGCGAUUAGACAGAGAGAUGCGGAAUUAGUCCAUGGUGGGGGACUGGACAUGUUGGGGAAAGUGAUGACACCAGACAAACAUUUCGUCGGGAAUGCUUCCAAUAUCACAAACACGAGUCUAUUCAAGAUUGCUCAGCAAAUGCCCAAAGGAGCCCACCUACACUGUCACUUCAAUUCUUGCCUCCCGCCUCAGUUUUUACUUCGCCAUGCAAAGAAUAACGCGCAUAUGUAUAUCAAAAGCGACCUUGCGCUCAACUCGGAAGACAACAAGGAGCGCGCUGAGAUACAGUUUCAGAUGCAUGUUAUAGAUGAAGAAAAACACCUAGAACCUACCGCCAGCCUGCUGCACGAGAGUUACAAGUCCAGCUUUCACGCCGACGACAAAAGGAAAGGUUGGUACAGCUAUGACAAAUUCCUCCAGGAGUACCCUGGCGGUGAAUCCGCUGCCGAGGAAUGGCUUGCUUCCAAGCUUCUCUUCACCGAGGACGAAGUAUACGGAAUAUCCCAAACAACCGCAAACAUCUGGCUCCGGUUCGGCACCCGCACACGCAUGCUCAAAGGCCUCUUUGGUCAUGAAACCGCAUUCCGCGCCUACACCGACGCCUGCAUCCAAGAUUUCAUCCGCGACAACAUCCAAUACGCCGAGAUUCGCCCUAACUUUCCCAGCAACUCCCUCGUCAAGUCCGACGCCACAGGCUUCAUUGACAACGUUGGCCUCCUCCAAAUAAUCGCCGAUGCCAUCACCGCGCAACGCCAAUCCGGUGUCCCCCUCACAGGCCUCAAAGUAAUAUACUGCUGUCCCCGCUCCUUCAGUAAAGAGCGCGUUGCCGCCUCACUGGUCGAAUGCAUCGCCCUGAAGAAGAAAUUCCCCGAUCUAAUCUGCGGCUACGACCUCGUUGGCGGCGAGGAAGCCGGAUUCCCCCUCCAGCACUUCGCCCCUGAACUGCUCUCCUUCCGCGCCACCUGCAUCUCCGAGGGCCUCGACAUCCCCUUCCUCCUUCACGCGGGCGAGACGCUCGAUAGCGGCAGCUCCACCGAUGCGAACUUGCUCGACGCCAUCUUGCUGGGAGCUAAGCGCAUCGGACACGGUUUUGCCUUACCGAAACACCCGAAGGCCAUGCGGAUGGUGAAGGAGCGGGGGAUAGCGCUGGAGAUCUGCCCGAUUUCGAAUGAGGUGCUGCAUUUGUGUCCGAGUAUUCGGGGACAUGCGUUGCCGGUUUUGUUGGCGAAUAAUGUGCAUUGUACUAUCAAUAGUGAUAAUGGCACUUUUUAUGGGUCUUCAUUGUCGCAUGACUUCUACCAAAUCAUGGUCGGUGCAGAAGCCAUGAGCUUGCACGGCUGGCGCGUCCUUGCUGAGUGGAGUCUAGAGCAUAGCUGCUUGACACCGAGUGAGAAGGUCGCGGCUAAGGAGGUGUGGUUAGAGCGGUGGAAUGUUUAUUGUCAGUGGAUUGUUGAUACGUAUGGAGACGAGUCUAGCGCGAAGGGGCCUGAAGCUAGGAGGUUGAAUUAAUACCAAAGACGGAUUGUGAUAUAGCAAAAGGCGAAGAAGAAAACUUGGGAUUAGUUUUAGGAUAGAAAUGUCAUAAGAGGAAUAAUUGAUCC